CCUGUAGCUGGUGCAAGGGGCGGGAUUCCUGACCAGCAUCCCCUCAGCCUUGUUUAUUCUGGAGCAAGAAGAGAGGGUUUUCUCUUCUCGGAACACCUGGACUGGCCUUCGCCUUAUUUUUGAUUUUUGAAGUAUUUUCUCCGCCCCAUGAGAACUGAAUUUCGGGUGUUCCUCAAGGGCAAGCACAGUGUCCCCAAGCUGGAGAUGAGAAAGGACAAGAGCUCCUGAGGCUGCCUGCUAAGGGCUCAGAGGUGCCCCCCGCCCCACCAUUCAAAAUGCCGUUUAAAGCAUUUGAUACCUUCAAAGAAAAAAUUCUGAAACCUGGGAAGGAAGGAGUGAAGAAUGCCGUGGGAGAUUCGUUGGGGAUCUUACAAAGAAAAAUCGAUGGGACCAAUGAAGAAGAAGAUACCAUUGAGCUGAAUGAAGACGGAAGGCCGGUGCAGACACCCAGGCCACGCCUCCCAGUCUGUGAUUGCGGCUGCUGUGGCAUCCCCAAGCGGUACAUCAUCGCCAUCAUGAGUGGCCUGGGAUUCUGUAUUUCCUUUGGCAUUCGGUGCAACCUUGGAGUGGCUAUUGUGGAAAUGGUCAACAACAGCACUGUCUAUGUGGACGGAAAACCGGAAAUUCAGGUGGCACAGUUUAACUGGGACCCGGAGACAGUGGGCCUUAUCCACGGAUCUUUCUUCUGGGGUUAUAUUGUGACCCAAAUUCCCGGUGGCUUCAUUUCAAACAAGUUUGCCGCUAACAGGGUCUUCGGAGCCGCCAUCUUCUUGACAUCUACCCUGAACAUAUUCAUCCCAUCUGCAGCCAGGGUCCAUUAUGGCUGUGUCAUGUGUGUGAGGAUUUUGCAGGGUCUGGUGGAGGGUGUGACCUACCCAGCCUGCCACGGGAUGUGGAGUAAGUGGGCGCCCCCCCUGGAGAGAAGCCGAUUGGCCACAACUUCUUUUUGUGGUUCCUAUGCUGGGGCAGUCGUUGCUAUGCCCCUGGCGGGAGUAUUGGUGCAGUACAUUGGCUGGGCCUCUGUCUUUUACAUUUACGGUAUGUUUGGGAUUAUUUGGUACAUGUUUUGGCUGCUGCAGGCUUAUGAGUGCCCAGCAGCUCACCCAACCAUAACCAAUGCGGAAAAGACCUACAUAGAGACAAGCAUAGGAGAAGGGGCCAACUUGGCCAGUCCGAGUAAAUUCAACACCCCAUGGAAACGAUUCUUCACAUCACUGCCCGUCUAUGCGAUCAUUGUGGCAAACUUCUGUAGAAGCUGGACUUUUUAUUUGCUCUUAAUAAGCCAGCCCGCUUACUUUGAAGAGGUCUUUGGGUUUGCAAUAAGUAAGGUGGGUCUGCUGUCAGCCGUCCCACACAUGGUGAUGACAAUUGUGGUACCGAUCGGAGGACAACUGGCGGAUUAUUUAAGAAGCAGAAAAAUUUUAACCACAACCGCCGUCCGAAAGAUCAUGAAUUGUGGAGGUUUUGGCAUGGAGGCAACCUUGCUUCUGGUGGUUGGCUUUUCCCACACCAAAGGAGUGGCUAUCUCCUUCCUGGUACUCGCUGUAGGCUUUAGUGGCUUUGCUAUUUCAGGUUUUAAUGUCAACCACCUGGACAUUGCUCCACGCUAUGCCAGCAUUCUCAUGGGGAUUUCGAAUGGAGUGGGAACCCUGUCUGGAAUGGUUUGCCCCCUCAUUGUCGGAGCCAUGACCAAGCACAAGACCCGCGAGGAGUGGCAGAAUGUAUUCCUCAUAGCCGCCCUGGUCCACUACAGCGGUGUCAUCUUCUACGGGGUCUUCGCUUCUGGGGAGAAACAGGACUGGGCUGACCCAGAGAGUCUCUCGGAGGAGAAAUGUGGAAUCAUUGACCAAGACGAAUUAGCCGAGGAGACAGAACUCAACCACGAGGCUAUCGCUAGUCCCAGAAAGAAGACGUCUUAUGGCGCCACCACUCAGAAUUGUGAGGUCCAGAGGAGCGGCUGGAGACAGCAGAGAGAAGCUGCCUUCGAUGCCUUCGAGGGGGAAGAGGCAUUGUCCUACCAGAACGAAGAAGGAAACUUCGCAGAAACAUCUUAACGCCCACCUUCUCUUCAGCUUACAACCGGAAAUAACCCAUUCCCAUUGCCUUUCCCAUACCUCGGCUUGCCAGGGGGCCAAAUCAUGGGGCACUGGAGGUAGCAGGAGGAGGAGAUUAAGUCAACAGCAGAGAACAGAGAAAUACCUUCUUCCAGAGAUAGGGACGUAACUAUUGCUCUCAGCUGAUAAAACAACUGGUCGUAUUAUUUUUUGCAGGGUUGGGUGACUGAGGCAGAUGUUGGCUGUUGUGCCUUCUCUCAAAGAACUAGUUACUCAGAAAGAAACGACUAGAAGGCCAAGGAGUAGUUUGCUGCUCAAAUAAACAUUGAGAUAAAUCCCUCUUAAGCCUAGAGAAGAGUACAUGGUGGGUGUCACCCCAUCUCCUGAGAUACCCGUACAGGGGAAAGUUUCCUAAACCCGAUGAGGGGAACCACUCCCGGAGGCCCUCUGUUGUGCCAGGUGCUUUAUGGACAUACUUAUUUGACCCCCCCAUCCUAUUACAUAUGCUAUCACACCCAUUUUACAGCUAGGGACACUGAAGGGACAGAAUGACCCACCCAAGGCCAUCUUCUUGGGGCCAAGACUGACACUGGCAGAUGACAGGGAGAUUUAGGAAGAGGGGUCCAGCUCGG